GUUCGAGGGGCGUAUUUAUCAGAAGAUAAAAGCGACAUUGCGUCAAGCCUGAAUGAUAUUAGAAAUGUAAGAAGGAAUUUGUGUGUUCUACAGAGCAAAAUGGGAUUAAGGGCUUUUGUAGCUGUAGUCUGUUGUUGCAGGACACCUUGCUGCCUCAGGCAACAAAUGAGCUUGGAAUGGUCAAGCAAGACAUACUUCAUUUUCAGGCGCAAGAGCUGCUAAUGCACUUGUGACUGUAAGCUAGAACUCUCAAGGAUAGCAAUCCCUGGUCAGACACUUAUUUGCUUCACUUUUCUGCUAUUGCUAUUUUUGGUGUGGUCUUUGACCAGCCAAGCUUACGAGGCUGGGGAUGGCGCCCUAACAUCCUGGCCGCCUCACGGGCCACAGAGGUUGGACUCUGCGAGUGCCAAUGUUAUGAAGUGGAUCGGUCCCUGAACUUCUUGAUCAAUGUUUUGGGUAGGCCUUGACAACUGCUGCAGGCAGUCAAAAACCUUAGUGAUCAGGUAUUUUCUUCGUGUUACAGGGGCUCAGGGUGCCUAGAGUAGGCACCAGCUACAACAAGCCGCAUGCAACUGUAAAUGGAGGAUUGCUGUGGGCCUGCAGAAAGGGCGUGGUAAGGCAGAUUUAUGGACCUUCUGACCUAUUUCAUGGACCGCAUCGCAGACUUCUCCUCCAGGACAAUUUUACGUACAAACACGACGGAGGCUUUCGAAAUCUGGGGCUCCGAAAGGAUGUGGAUACUUGGAGAGUUAGAGUGGGUUCAUCAGUAAAUGACAGGAAUCCAUAUAGUCUGCCAGGGAUGCGGCACGGCUGACUGCUGGCUGGAUGGAUGUAUCGAACAGCUUCGACCUUCUCUCGUUUCCACGACAUCCUUGGUCGCUCACUUCACUUUCCAUCCCAACUUACUGUUUUGAUAUCUUUCCCAUCUAUUCUCUUCUUUGACUCUACCUUUCCAUAGAACCGGCACCUUCCAUUUAGGAGCACGCAACCAGUCUGCUUUCUGUCAGUCAACUUUGUCAGUCGACCUUUCCCCGCCAAGAUGUCUGAUCAAGCAGUCCUACGUAUAUCAAGGGAACUCGCUCAGAUCCAGCAUGCUGCAGAUCUCUCCAUCGCUGUCGAUUACGAUGAAUCUGAUAUUCGACAUGUCCGCGCAGUCAUCCUAGGUCCUCCCGAGACUCCGUAUCAAUUUGGUUUCUUUGAGUUCGCGAUUAAAUUCGGAAAAGAGUACCCGGCGCGGCCCCCGGACGUACGUGCUUUGACGACCAAUGGAGGGUCCUGCAGGUUUAGUCCAAAUCUCUAUGCCGGAGGAAAGGUCUGCUUGUCGAUUCUAGGAACUUGGAGUGGUGAUAGAGGAGAGGAAUGGUCGUCCGCGCAGGGGCUAGAGUCCGUUUUGAUCUCAAUUCAGAGCCUGAUGUCCUCGAAUCCUUACGAGAACGAACCUGGAUUCGACGAUGCCAAGUCGGACUCGGACAAACUGAACAUGGAGCAGUACAAAUGCAAGAUUCGCCACGAGACCAUUCGAAUCGCUGUUAUUCAACCCUUAGAGGCCGCGCUGGGUAUAUUGCCGGAUGGGACCGAGAAAUCUCCUAUCAACAGGGAUUCGGCAGUUACUGACAGUUCUGAGGAUGAAGCCGUCGCAUCUAGUACACCAUUUUUUGACCUUCGCAAGCGGCGUUUUCUCUGGUAUUACGAAUCGUACAUGCAGCUCGUCGAAUCCGAGGCCCGGUUCGUUCAGCCUAAAAGUCGGUUCCAGUGGAUGCCUUUCGAGCAUGCCAACAAUGCCAUGGACGGACACUUCAAUUAUCCUGAACUGAAGCGUCGGCUAGCUCUUAUCAGGGACAAUAUUUCCAAAGAGACAGAGGGAUGGAAGUUACAAGGACUCCAGGCUAAAAAGGAUGAGAUUGGAAUCGCAGUGAAUCUGCAGCGCCAGUUUGAGCAAAUCGUUGAGAAUCUGAAACACCACAAGAACUACUCGCUCGACUUGAACCUAGUUGACGAGAACCCUUUCCUGUGGAGACUUACAUACUUUGGCCGGCCGACAACGCCCCUCGAGGGAGGUAUCAUCAAGAUUAGGAUACAUCUGAGCACUCAAUUCCCUAAGGAGCAACCUAGAGUUUUCUUGGAUGCGCCACUUUCUCAUGUGCGUGUAUCGCCGCAGGGCGUUCUAUGCUAUCUUCCGAAGAAAACUGAAGAUAUGCGCCAUCAUAUUGAAGCAAUUGUGGCCGCACUGGAAGAGGAAGACCCGCCAUACGACCCCCGUACUACGGUCAACCCAGAGGCUUCGAAGCUGUUCUGGGGUUCUCCUGAGGAUCGUAAAAAGUACAAAAGAACGCUCAGGAGAGAUGUCGAAAGAUCAGUCGAAGAUGCACUUGGCUGAGCUCUAGAUAACACCAGGCGUCAGCAUACUCGCGGAUGGCCGGACAUGAAGGCAAUCCACCUUUUACCACUGCAUCUCUUUGAACCAUGAGUACGAUGAUUGUGUUAUCAGCUUAAGAGACUGUCUUGCAUAACACUUUCCCUUCGUCUGAGGCCAGAUGUUGUUUCAAGAACUUCUUCAGGGCUAAGCGUUUUUCUUUUCAAUGAAUCGUUCCAAGGCCCACCACACUUGCUAUAUUAUUUAAAACGCUGUACACUCGAAGUCCUGGAAGGUAUCUCCUUGUAUCGAAGCAUCGAGUCAAAGUUUUAGUGGCUGAACGUUGGUUGAGCGUCUGAUAUACAUCGUAGAGUGCAAGUCACGUGCCAAAUACGGAGUUAGCCCCAGUCCGCCCCCAGACGGACGGACUGACAGACCCCGAAAUUAAGCCAGAU